AUGUACGGAGCCUCAGUAUUUGCUGCGACUCCGUAAUAGUAGGACGCGUCCUCGCGGUGUUUGACUGGUAACCGCGUCGUAACCAAAAACGCGUACGCGAGGUGCGAGAACGCCCCAGGUAACCGUUUUUGUAACUACCCGCGUGUACCCCGGGUGAAAAUUACCGACUCGUGUUACACAUUUUCUCUGUCUGAUUGGUGUGUACCGCUGUACACUGGACAUCAAUUAAGAGAGAGGAGAAAGAGGGAGUGAAAAGGGCUACACGCAGGGACUGCAGAGAAAGGAAAGACGGAAGGAUUAUAUAUUCGAACAACAUGGCCACUGCGAUCGACGACCGGCAGGAGUUGCUGGAGCAAUUUCAAGCGAUCGACGAGAAUGGGGACGGGUUCAUCAAUCUUACGGAGUUGCGAAGCGCUUUGGACAUCUGUGGCUUCAAGAUGCCCGGUUACAAGGUGCGUCAGAUGAUCGAGGAAUACGACGACAAGCAGAGGUCGGAGCACAAGGGACGACUAUCCUUCGAAGAGUUUGAGAAACUCUGUAAAGAACUGAAGGCGAACGAAUUGGGAUCCACGUUUAAACAAGUUGUCUCGAAGAAGGAGAAUUUAGAAACAUUGGGAGGAAUUUCCGAGGCAUCCAGCGAAGGGACUACGCAUUCUGUUAGAUUGGAGGAACAGCUCGCCUUCAGCGACUGGAUCAACACAAAUUUGUCACACGAUCCUGACUUGAAACAUCUGUUGCUCAUCGAUCCGGAAGGCAAGACCUUAUACGACAAGGUUAAGGAUGGAAUUCUUCUCUGCAAAAUAAUCAAUCACUCCUGCCCAGACACGAUCGACGAACGUACCAUCAACAAGAAAAACCUGACCCUCUACAAGAAACACGAGAACCUAACGCUGGCCCUAUCAUCAGCCCAAGCUAUCGGUUGCAAUAUCGUGAAUAUCGACGCGCACGAUCUGACGAAAGGUUCGCCUCACUUGGUCCUGGGUCUUCUAUGGCAAAUUAUACGUAUCGGCCUGUUCAACCAGAUCACCCUGGAAAAUUGUCCAGGCUUGGCCACUCUCCUACAAGACGGAGAACGCAUCGAAGAUCUUCUAAAAUUAUCACCGGAAUCUAUCCUGCUCAGAUGGGUGAACCAUCAUCUGGAAAACGCCGGUAUAGCCAGACGAUGCCACAAUUUCCAUACGGAUAUCACCGACUCGGAGGUCUAUACGUACCUCAUCAAGCAAAUCGCACCGAACACGGCUGGAGUUACUCUGGAGGCUCUAAUGGAGCCGAACCACACCUCUCGAGCGGAAAUUAUGUUGCAACAGGCGGCUAAGCUGGGCUGCCGUAGCUUCGUAACACCCAGCGACGUGGUCAAUGGCAUAUACAAGCUGAAUCUCGCCUUCGUCGCCAAUAUGUUCAAUAACUAUCCUGGCCUGGACAAACCAGAAAGCAGCAUCGAAGGCUUGGAAUCCCUGGAAGAGACGAGAGAAGAGAAAACGUAUCGAAACUGGAUGAACUCGAUGGGCGUGAUGCCUCAUGUGAAUUGGCUGUACUCCGAUCUGGCCGAUGGCCUUGUCAUCUUCCAGCUUUACGACAUCAUCAAACCAGGCACCGUGAACUGGAACAGGGUGCACAGAAAGUUCACGAAACUGCGCAAGUUCAUGGAGAAAUUGGAGAACUGCAAUUACGCGGUCGAGCUUGGGAAAACGAUGAACUUCUCGUUGGUCGGAAUCGCUGGCCAGGAUAUCAACGAUGGAAACGCCACGUUGACUUUGGCUUUGAUCUGGCAGUUGAUGAGAUCGUACACGUUGUCGAUUCUCACGUCGCUGGCAGGCACCCAAGGUAGCACUUUGGUCGAGAAGGAGAUCGUUCAGUGGGUGAACUCGAAGCUUCAAACGGCAGGGAAGACGAGUGGUAUCAAGGGUUUCCAGGAUUCGUCGAUAGCCGAUGGAAAGGUGGUGAUCGAUCUUAUCGAUGCCAUUAAGCCGGGGUCUGUGAACUACGACCUCGUGAAGGAAGGUGGAACCGAAGAGAACAAUCUGGACAACGCAAAGUACGCGAUAUCCUUGGCCCGAAAAUGCGGCGCACGCGUGUACGCGCUGCCAGAGGACAUAACCGAGGUGAAACCGAAGAUGGUGAUGACUGUGUUUGCCUGUCUGAUGGCGAUGGACUACAUCCCCAAUAUGGAUUCCAUGAAGCAGCAGAACAACAUUGCGAACAACGGUCAAUAAUGUCGCGCCGCUUGCGAUUCGUCCGCGUACGGUGUUUUCGCUGUGCACGGCAGGAACUGUGUCGACUGAGCCACGGUUUGCGCGCCGUGUCUCUUCUACGAGCGUAAUAAUUGUAUAUACACCUAGGUUAGAGUAGUUUGUUUUCCAAGACCGGAGCGACAAAAAAAAAAAAAAAAAAAAAGAAAAGAGAAAGAGAAAAGAAUGGAGAAGAAAGAAAAGGAAAAUGGAGAAAUACCGGACCGAGAGAAGGGGAAGAAAAAAUCGCUUAAUACAGAGAGACGACGAUUUAAACGAACACGUUCUUUUCACGUCGUCCGCUAGUUAGGCAGAUACUUCGCAAGAUUUCGUUUGAUUCAGAGCAUGCGACGAAAGUGAUUUUCCAAAUGGUGGUUUUUGAAAUUUUUUAGUAGAUAGAGUGGAAGAGAGUACAGGACAAAUCGUCACGUAGACUUUCGCUAACGAGCUUUCAGUAAGAAUCGUACGAGGAUACAAGUGGAAAGUGUUUGUCAUAAUCGGACGGUUCGGACGACGCUUUAGAUAACAAUUUUUUUUCCCGUUUUUUGCGGAAAGGAAACAUGUUUCGACGAGAUAUAAUGUUGCUUAUCGAUCGCUGAUUGUUCGCCGAGUAUGUACUGUGCACCGUGGUUUGUGAUAUGGGAUUUCUCCUUCUCCGCAAUGUUUCCGCAAUCAUAUCCCUCGUCUCACUCUCUCAAUAUUUGUAACCGUGAUCAUUUUUUUUUUUUUGAUUUGUAUAAAUCGAUUUUGUAACGAUGUCUGUCUGUCAAUGGUAUCGAUGAUAAGAGGAAGAUUCGAUACGACGAUCACGAUCUUAUACGAAAUAUCUGAACGUUAAGAGACUUCGGUACACUCGAGGGGACGAAAUAAUUCGCGUAUACCGGAUAUACGUGGCUUUCAAAUUGUCGAUUAUAUAUACAUAUAUACAUAUAUUUACAUUCUUAGAUCAUAUAUACAUAUACAUUUGAGAUGUGUACACGUGUUUGAUACUGCGAGUGUGAAAAUUGUCAAAACUUUACAAUGGCAAUGUCUUCGAUCAAUGAGUCAAUCAAUCGAGCAAUUCAAACGAAACGAAACUUCUAGGAGAACGUUGUAUCUAUGCAUCUAGUGAAAGAAAGAAACAACAAACUGCUUUAUACGAAGCUUAUAUCGCGGGGUACCAUUUUCCAAUGUUCAUCUCUAAAUAGAUCUUCGUAAAAAAUUGUUCGUAUCGUUUUCAGGCAAAUAUUUCAUUUUCAUCGAACGAUACGUCUGAAGACGAAUUAUACACGAUAUUUGGAUUCGUUUAAUAAAAAAAAGAAAGAAAGAAAGAAAGAAUAAUACCAAUCGAAGGCAACGUACAAAGGAGAACGUAUAAGAACUGAAGAAACUAUCGUCGUAAAUUUGUGACGUGUCAAGCUUUUUUUAUUUUCGUGUUGUACCCAGUCAUUCGCCAUGAUUUAACACGGUGAAUACGAUCGAUGCGACGCGUGAACCAAUUCCAUAUAUCGUCGACGAACGAAAUGAACGCACAAGGAUCAUUGUAAUCGUGCCAUUAUAAAUAUCGAAAUCGUAAUCGUGAUUGGAUGCUUGUUGUAAUAUUUAACGAUCGAUUCCAACAAAACGUACUUAUGUAUUUAAAAAAGAAAGAAGAGGACGCCUCAACCUACAUUCUACAGGGAGCGACGAAACGACGCUGGUUCCUCUUGGUCGUACGAAUUUUUUUAUAUUUGGCGCGCGUAUUCCGACGCAACGAAGCGCACCCUGUAACUGAGAGAGCGUGCAAGUUAGGUUCGUUGCAGACGAACUACGCGAUAUCGUUGCAAUUUUGCAUCGUUUCUCAUCGAAUCUUUUAUCAACGCAGUUUCGCAUCGAAUCACUUUGCAGCGAUGUCGUACGAUUCGACAGAUUGAUAUUUCCAAAGCUAUAACGUUUCGCUGUUACAAGGAAUCAAUGGCUGGUGUAACCGAGCGACGUGAAGUUGUCGCAACUUCACAUAGCGCGCCAAAUUUGAACCAGCUACAGAAAAUUCACGCGCCUUUCCAAUCAGACGAUUAAACUGUCAAUUCGUACAUUAUCGACGCAAAAUCGCAACGAUGCCUCACUCGUUUCAACGACGAAUCAUUCUUUCGUAGUUCGAAGAUGUCAUUUGGCAAUAGAAGCGAAAGGUCGAUCGACUGAAUUUACUUUGUACUUGUUGUACCGUCUUCUUUUCCUCUGUUUUAUUAGAGAAGAAAUUUUGCGCAUUAUAUGCGAUGAAUAAGCGCGACGAGCGACUUGUCGAGAGCUUCGUACGGAAAGUUCAGCUUUUAAACGUUUUAGGGACCGCGCUAUGUAUUCGAGGAAGAAUCUAAAUGCAUUUUCUACCGCGACUAUACGACUAUAUGUUCGUUAGGUCUCAACUAAAUUAAGAUUAAAAGUCGGUUGGUUAAUCGAUGAAUCGUACGAAAAGAAGGAUCGUACUGGGAAGAUCGAUCGUAACUUGAGAAUUAAAUAUCGAACGUGCAAUCCAUCGAUGCUUGGGGCAUUCCUACGUGGAAACAAAAGGAAACAAGACAAGUUUCUCAAAGAAACAGGACACAAGCUAAGCGUUUCUUAAUUAAGGAUCAAAUUAUCCUUUCGACCGUUAGAUGAAAUCGCGCGUUACGUUAUCCAUUCCAUAGAUAACAUUCGUACCAGGCUGCAUUUGUUUCUGAAGUAUCAGGAUACGAAAUUACAUUCCGUGUAUCCUGAGUCGAGAUAAUCGAAUUCGAAGGAUGAGAAAGAAAUUUAGAAACAUUCGAAACGCUGAAGAACGCGUUUCGAUAUUCUCUUCUGUAAUCUCCACGAGUAUCGGGACGUAAAUCUUUUAAAAGAGGGCCGUUUGCAAUCCGAACACCUAGAUUUAAGAUUUAGUAAGGAGAGAGAAAUUUUGCUCUGUUCCCUAAGGCGAAAAUUAGAUUAGGAAAAGAAACAAACAAACAAAAAAAAAAUAGAAAAAAAGAAAAAAAAAGAAAAAGAAGAAAGAAAGACACGCGUGGACGCAGGGGGAAGAUCACGAAUCACGUUACGCUAAAAGAUUUUUUUUCCCUGUAUUUUUGUUUUAAUCGAUUCGUCAAUCAAUUUCAACUUACAAUGAUCGCUGAACCAGAGAAAAGAAAUGUGUAUACGUUCACAUACACACGAUAUUCUGUGCGUAUAUGGACGUGUGUGGGUCACCGUAGAUAUAUAAUUUAAUGUAUCCGUAAUUUAAAUAAAAAGAAAUUUAUCUAAUAAGAUUUGUGUAAGAUUUUAAGAAUGUAAAUGGUAAACGCGUUAUUUAAGGUGAAUAAUGUAUGAUACCGAUAAAAUAGUAUACAUAAUAGGAGAGAUCGUAGGUAUUUUGAUGUAUUUUGAUAUGAGACUAUUUAUUGUCUUUCGUUUAUUUUUUUAUCAUAAAUUGGACAAAACAUUCUAUGGUACAUUAAUAUCUUGUCUGUUUUUAACUUAGUGCUUGACGUCGACAGAUUAUAAUUUGUCUUUUUAAUCUAUAACUGUAUUUCAAAUUAUCCCAGAAAUCGUUUAUUUCAUCGGAAAUAUGUUCUUCAUCUCUGAAUUCGCCACGAUGCUAGUUAUCGAUGAAUCAGGAAUUUCAAGCAAUUCUCGUUUGGCUGCUCGAAUAUCUCUCAGAGACACACUUACGUAUUGCGUCAUAGCCGACAGUUUCUUCUUUUCCGUGCCCAAAGUGCCCAUCCUUGUCAUCGACGAGACGAACUGAUAGUCGCUCACGAAGACACGCGUAGUCGAACUUUCCUAGAAACACGAGAAGAAUCGUUAGAGCGGGUCUAAUUUUUUAAUUAGCAAGUUUUUUCGUAUGAUAUAACUUUCGUAUCGGUAAAUUCGAUAUAAUAAAAGUACAAAGAAUCGCGAAACUAAUAACGUCAGAUCCACGAAGGAUUAGAAAAUUGCUGCUUGCAAUUUCUAAGAAAUUACGAAAUUACCAAUAAGAUUAAACCUACAAAAGGAUGACUAGUGGCAAAUUUACAAAGAGUCAUAAAAUUACCAAAAUGAGAUUUACAAGGAAUUACACAAUCACAAAUUACAAAGAAUAAUAUUAGAAUAAUUCUAGAAUAAUUGGCACAAAUUUGACGAAAGCUAAAAGAAAAGAAAUUUCUUCUAAAUCGUCGAAUAUCAUGGAUAAAGUCGCUCACUAGAUGCGAAUCGAGAUCCGCUUCGACCACGAUAUUGGCACCGUAAGAUCCGAAGUAGAAGGAUGCGUAGUAGCUGCAGUUAUUCAGAUUAGUCGUUUUCUGGAUCAGUAUAGUCUCGCUGGGAACUUUGUUCAAUCGUGCCAGAGAUUCCAGCUCGUAUCUGUUAUUCUUUAUUUUGUUCAUCAUUCUCUUGGAGGGAUAGUGAUUUAUCGUAACGGUCACGUCGCAUUCUCCGAUUGUCGUGUUCUCCGUAACGUGGAACGUUCCAUCGGGCACGCCAUUCAAGUCCACUCCGAUAUUAAGUCGUUCGGCGAUCAAUUUAAAAUUAUUCAAAUGUUCAACUUCGACUUGAUCGUUCACCGUCAGAUGGUCGAUGCCAGACUCGCUGAAUUUUAUUUCGAAUGGUUCCUCGCUCAUUAGGUGUCUCGAUUGUUCCUCUGGUAUGUCGAUUUUAUUGUCGUUCGUGAUGUCGAUGCUUUGCCGUCUGACGUUUCCCAAAUGACAGUACAAUCUAUCAGAGCCUGUCGGUCUACAGAAGAGGUUCAUCACUGUGUAGUUUGACGUUUGAACUCCAUCGUGGUUCAUCGGAGUCGAAGUAACGUUCAUCUCUACGUCGAACACGUACUCUGGUCCAUAUUUCCAGACGCUCUCGUCGAUCGUCACCCGGGCCACU